AUGUGGAACACGCAAGAAGGUGAGCCCAGUGCUGGCACUCAGUUGCAACAAGAAGAGCGUACGGAGGAACCUGGGGCAUUGAACACUUCAUCUGCAAUUCACUCCGAGGGUUUUAAGGAUGUCGCUCCAGCUGUUGAGGGAGAGUCCAGUGUAAGCAAGCAGGUGCGAAGUGAAAAAAUCGAUUCUCCUUCUGCAGCCGAAUGUUUGCUUCGUCUGCAAGAGAUCCCUGUGAUAUGUGAUGUCAGCGAUGCCAGAACAGUCUCGGAGGAAGAUAACUCUGUCUCGAAUGAUCUUGGAAACUCGCCAGUAGGAUCAGAAACAUGUGAUGCCAGCGAUGCCAGAACAGUCUCGGAGGAAGAUAACUCUGUCUCGAAUGAUCUUGGAAACUCGCCAGUAGGACCAGAAACGCCUUCAAAAACUCCUUCGAAUACUGUACCUGAUACAGUGGAGCCUGCCGCAUGUAAGAGAAGGCUCAUCAGUUCCACUCGGGGUGAAGUCCAUGAAGGGGAGAGCAGUACCUUUGGUCGAUUGAGAGGUGAGAAGGUUGUAGAGGACCAAGCUGCCCUUUCCCACGUCCUCGAGGUCGAAAAUACAUGUCCAGUGGAUUUGUCUGAGAUAGAAACCCCUCGAAACCAAGUACUGGCGGCACUUCCUGAACAAGACCUCGAGUUUAGUCCACCUAAGAAGAAGAUAAUUCUUGAGGAGGAGGAGGAGUCAUCCGCAAUGUUGGUCUCUUCGGUGAGCUUUAUAAGUUGCAACAUACUAGACGGCCCUUCUUGGGGAGUGGUCUGUGCUGACGAAGAAGGAAGUCAUGUGGACAACCAAGCCAUAGCCGUACCUACACUUCUGUCGUUACCCACCGAUGACAACCAGUGUGAUUCUCAAAGCACAAAUCCUGGGCAUCCGAGCGUUCAUUAUUUUGCAGUUUUUGACGGUAACGGAGACUCCGUUGCCGCCUAUUUGUGUAAAGGCCGCCUUCAUGAGAUCGUUGCUGAAGAAGUCAAGAGACAGCUGGAUGAAGACGAAGAAGACUGUCAUCCCCUUUGUUACUAUAAGUUUUUCUGUGAGCGAAUUCAGAGAGGCAUCAGGAACAGUUUUUUAAGGAUGCAUGAUGAGGUUGUAAAUUACCGCCCGGAAGAUGAUGAGUUACCUGAUCCGAUGGAGUUACCGAUUAUGAGAGGUGCGUCAGCUACAGUGGCCAUCGUCACCACUUGUAGAAUCCUCGUUGCAAAUUGUGGGAAUGCCCGCGUCGUGCUAUCUAAAGGAAGGAAAGUUAUUCAGAUCUCUAACGACCAUAUACUCGACCGGGAUGAUGAAAAGGUUCGGCUACGAGGACUUGGAUUUCCUAUUGGAGAUCUAAGUACCGUGACUCGAUCUCUUGGCUGUCGUCCUGUGCAUGAUGAUAAUACUCCGAUUUACUUGAUCCCAGAGCCAGAGUUUACUUUCGAAAUGCGGAGCAAGGAUGACGAAUGUCUCAUAAUUGCCAGUCACGGCCUGUGGAAAGUCAUAUCCAACGAGGUUGCAUGUGAGGUUGCUCGCACGUUUCUGGCGAGGGGGGCUACUGCAGAGACAACGGCCAUCUUUCUGGCGCGGAUGGCCAAAAAGAGGCGUGCUGAAGGUGCAGAAAGUUUUUCAGAAUCUGUGAUUGUUGUAGACCUCCGGCCUGGCAAGGUACAAAAUGGACAAGAUGAGUCUGCGAUGGACUAUUUUGAAGGCACUACGGCUAUUUUUCGAGGGUAG